AUGAAAACUCGUUCCAUGGUGGCUGAAUGGCCACAUGCUGUCAACAUGUGCAUCUUGAUCUUCAUGAUCUUGUCUUUCUCCUCCUCCCCAUUUCAGACGUUACAAAAAGCAGCGAAUACUGUGACCUCUCUUAAAAACGUCGCUACAAAUAAUGAUACCUACAUCGUGUAUAUUGAAGAAGGUCGUUAUUGGAUCACUUCUACCAUUACCAUUCCAAGACCCAAUCGAUACAAUGACGCUUCUUCUCGUGUCAUUUGGAAACCUUGGAAUGAGAAUCAUCAAGUAGUCAUUACAGGAGGAGUUCCCUUGCCAGUGAAAUUAUGGUCGUUGGUCACUGAAUAUAAUAAUCCACAAGUGUUUGACAUGUUACCUCCCAGUGCAAGAGGAAAAGUUUUACAAUUGAAUUUAACACAAGCUGGAUUGUUCAAAAGUCAAUUAAUUCCAUUGAAUCGAACAGGAUUUUAUAGUGGAAUUCAAGCGUCGAAUGAAUUGUUUUACAAGGGGAAAGCUUUCUAUUGGGCACGUUAUCCCAACAAGUUGCCAGAUGAAACAGAGAGUUUUUUGAAAAUUUCGUUCACCAACGGAGGGAAUCGAGUGGAUUUUGAUGCGUCCAAGAGUGAGAAUAGAAACAAGUGGCCACUUGAAAAACGUCCUUUUGCAUUUGGUUUUUGGUAUUAUGAUUGGGCUGAGGGCAUUGAGGAUUUACAAAAUAUAACUUCGAAUGGAACUUUUCACUUUGUUCAAUCUACCAUCACUUAUGGCGUUCAAAAGAAUCAACGUUUUUUCCUGCUCAACUUUUUAAGUGAACUCGAUCAAGAAGGAGAGUAUAUCUUCAAGAUGAGAUGA